GCAAAGGGUAUUUUCUCUUUGCAAAGCAAUUUUACCGUAACCACUAUCGGAAACCAAUAUCCGUGCCAAUGGAUCAAAACCCUCCUUCUUUUUUUCCCGUACCAGUGAAGCGGGAGUCGAGAAGUUUGCUAUCGUCCGUUUAAAGUAUUUUUUUUUAUCAAAAACUAAAACAUAAUAUUAUACACACACUUUGGUUCACCUUAAUUUAAAAUUUUAUAAACCUGUAAUUUAAAUUGAUAAUUAAUUUCUAUUAAUUUAAACUAUACUUUUAAUUUGAUUUGAUCAAAUUUAAAUUUAAAUUUUUUUCACACAAGAAAAAAAUAGUUUGGAAAGCAAAAGAAAUGAGCACAACGAGUUUAGUGGCAGACUCAGUGUGGAAAACCGUCGAGUCAACUCGUUCAGUGACUGACGAUCAGCUUUCAAUCUUGCAUUUCUUGUUUGGUAAGAAUUUUGAGAGAGCGACUAGGAUUGUUGAUCAACGAGGUGUCAAGAGAAUCUCCGGCGAACCUAGUGGCCGUUCAAUUUUUCAGGUGGUCGGAGAAUCACGGAGGAAAGAGGAGUAUUUUUGUUUUCCCGAGCAUUACUGCGGCUGUUACUCAUUUUUUUAUGACAUUGUGAACAGAGCAGAACAACUAUGCUGCAAACACCAAUUAGCUGCAAGGCUUGCUGCAGCACUGGGAAUAUGCAUCAAUGUGUCCAUGUCGGAUGAGCAACUAGCACUAUUGCUAGUGAAACUCUAGUAUGCGCCGAUGGUAGAUAAAUUUCUACUUUGAAGAUGAAAAGUGCAAGCAUCAAUUAGCUGCAAGGCUUGCUGCAGCACUGAGAAUAUGUAUCAAUGUGUCGGUGUCGGAUGAGCAACUAGCGCUAUUGCUAGUAAAACUCUAGUAUGAGCCGAGCCUAUGGUAGAUAAAUAUUCUGAUUUUGAAGAUGAAAAGGUAUGUGUCAUCCAAGAAAUUAAUAUUUCAAAGUCUUAAUUCUUCUUCAUCAGUUAUUCUUGCUUGUUCUGCAUCUACCUAUUCUACUUAGUCAUUGAUGAUUAGUAAAACAUAGGUUGUGAACUAUAUUGCUCGGAAACUUUGGAGUCUUUUGUUUCGGCAACAAAUACGAGUCCGGAACUCUGAAAUUAUAAUAUUCAUAUUCUGAUCUUGUUAAAAAUAUCGUUUUUCUGUUUUCCGUU